UGUGCAGCAAAUGUAGCACUUCAAGCCUUGCAAGUGGACUAAAAUCAACAAGGUAAGAUAUUAUAUAUGAUAUUCUUGCAAGUUUAUUGAGAAAUAGUAAUACAAGUCUUAUUAUGUUUGUGUGGGUCCCUACUUAUGUGUGAAUGGAGGCUAAUGAAGGGGUUGAUAAACUAGCUAAGCAAGCUUUAAAUCAUGCAGAUGUUGACAUACAAGUGGCUAUUAGUAAUAAUAAUAAUAAUAAAAAACUUUAUUUUCUAUAGCGCCUUUUAAGGUAGCAUCUCAAAGCGCUGCACAAGGGAAUAAAGAAACAAACAAUUAUAAUUUUAUUAAAAAAAAAUGGGCUUAAAACGUUUAAUAUACAAAGCUUUUUGGAAUGUAAUUUAGAGCAAUAGAAGAAGUAUAGAGCCAUUAUAAAAUUUGUUAAAGAAAUCGGGUUAUACAGGAUAAUUUAGUGUUUAUCUUUGCAUGUCUGUGCUCCACACUCCAGUACAGCAGGUGGCGGUAGUGCACUAUAACCAACCGCCAUAAAACUCCAGAAGAAGAAGAUUCGAAUCAAAAGACUCGUUUUGAAGGCCUCGCGAAUCAGUGUUUAAAGCGACCAGAGUCUGAUGUCUUCACGUGUAAAUGUCUCUGUGUGCACUGAAAUAAUUAAUCCGUAUUCGAUUAUUUUAUUGGUUUGUCAACAGAAGACAGUAUUUCUUAAUACGCUAACCGUUAGCAGUGAGAUGAAGUUGAAAAUCUGACCCGGACUCACUGUUGUCUCUGGAGCAGGGAUCAUUGUCCGGACAGCGUAAUAAACAUCUCCUGACUCAUACAGUUGUGUACUUUGAGGGAGGAGCAGGGUUACAAAGUAAGGCUCUUUGGGUGAUUCCCCUCAAUUUCCUAGGACUUGGCUACCACAAAAAGCCACACUUGCAUUUUACCUCAAUGACUACAUCAAGUCAAUUCACACCCAUAGAGUGAAAGUGAUUGAGACCUUCAGUGAAGCUCCUCCUACAACAAUCCACCAAUAAAUGCUGGAGUCAAACACACAGAGAAAUCACUCCAUGUGUGACAACUGAAAUCUUCAUGACAUAAUGUUGAUGCUGGUGAAAGAGGAGCUUGAGAAGAUGACAGAUCCACAACCAUGCAGAAUAAAGGAUGAAGAUACUGAGGAACAAAUAGAUAUGAUGGAAGUGAAAGAGGAGAGUCAAGCUGAAGUGGAUGAGAAACAUCAGAUUGUAAAAAUAAACCAUAAUGUUUCACAGAAAGAAACUCUGAAGACAGAAGACAUAAAGUGUGAAAAGAGUUUCAGAGAAGAUGAACGCCCUGCAGAUCACAACAAGACUCAUAGUGAGGAGAAACCUUUCACAUGUCAACAGUGUGGAAAGAGUUUCAGAAGAAAAGAUAACCUUAAAGCACACAUGAUGAUUCACAUUGGAGAGAAACCUUACACAUGUCAACAGUGUGGAAAGAGUUUCACCUUUCAAUCGAACCUUUACCGGCACAUAAAAAAUCACAGUGGGGAGAAGCCACACGUGUGCCACCAUUGUAACAAGAGUUUCCCACAUAAAAGUCAACUUAAGACACACAUGAGGACUCACACUGGAGAGAAACCUUACAUGUGUCAACAGUGUGGAAAGAGUUUCAGAACAAAAGUUGAACUUAAAGCACACAUGAGGAUUCACACUGGAGAGAAACCAUUCCCAUGUCAACAGUGUGGAAAGAGUUUUACAGCUGCAAGUAACCUUAAGAAACAUUUGAGGAUUCACACUGGAGAGAAACCUUACACUUGUCAUCUGUGUGGAAAGAGUUUCUCUGCUGAAAGUACCCUUAAGGUACACGCAAGGAUUCACACUGGAGAGAAACCAUUCACAUGUCAACAGUGUGGAAAGAGUUUUACAUCUGCAGGUUACCUUACGAUACACAUGAGGUCUCACACUGGAGAGAAACCUUACAUUUGUCAACAAUGUGGAACUUGUUUCACCUUUCAAACGAACCUUAGCCAGCACAUGAAAACUCAUCGUGAGGAGAAACCUUUAACAUGUCAACAGUGUGGAAAAAGUUUCACCUUUCAAUCGAACCUUACCCGGCACAUGAAAACUCACAGUGGGGAAAAGCUACAAGCGUGCCACCAUUGUGACUAGGGCUGGGUACCGAACGUCAAUACUUUUAUACUGCCCUCCAAAGGCUAAGUGCAGUAUCUACGCAAACACUGAAACUGAGAAAAAUGGCUUUAAAGUUUUUUUACACCAGCCAGUCAAACAUGUUACUGCAAUUUUGGCACACAUGUUUCUCUGAAAUGGGACAAAAUUGAACCAGGAGACUUUGUCACAAGACACAACAGAUCUCGCAAAGCCCAUUUUAACCCUUAACUAAAUUUUGACCAAAUGCGUAGUUACUGCGCUUUCGCUUUGUAGGGCAGUAUAGUAUCAAAUGAAAAAUUUCGAUACUUUGAGUAUCGAAAAAUGAUUUAUCUUUCGAUGCCAAAUUUCGAUUCCAAAAGCGGCUGUGUUUGUGAGCCUGUACUUGCGUGUAAGGACCUAAAGCGCCGGUGAUUGGUUGUCCACCACCACGUGACGGGGAGGAAAAUACUCGCAGUCACCCAACACAAGUGUAGAAAGGAUGCAAUAUGAGAAGAAAGUCUUUGUGACAGUUUUACCAAUAGAGUUAGCCCAAGUAUGGCCGUGUUGUCUCCGUGAAAGGCACGUCAACCAAAACCACGCUUCUACUAAAGUGACGAGGGGUUUCAAUUUAAAGCACACGCGCAGCCUGUGUCUCUGCUUGUUUUACUCGCGCCUGGUUCCGCAUGGCAAGGCUUUGCGCUUGCGUCUCCAACAACAGUCUCGACAAGGUGUUCAAACUUGACCCACACGCGCAUCUUGUGUCUCUGAAUGCUUAUGAAAUACUCACGCCUGUCUCUCCGCAUCGCAAAGCCUUCAUGCCCUCGUCUCGCAAAAUGGACGAUGUGUUUAAACCUAUUUUUUACAGUCUAUGGUUUAAACUUGACGCACACGCGCAGCCCAUCACUGCUUACAAGUCUGACUCGUUAUUUACAACAAACUAAAAUUCCAUUUAACUGGUUUGCUAAUUUCACUUGAAUGAAAUUACAUUGAAUGCAUUUUCUACACAUUUUAAAAAUCCCAAAUGUAUUUAAUGUUUUGAUAAUUAUAAAGUUGAGUAUUGUUUACAAUUGACAAACAUGCAUACAAAUCUUCCCAGUAAAACUCAGUCACCCAUUUAAAUAUUUUAACUUUUUGUCAAAGUUGCAGCUAUAGUGAACCCACAAAUACUGUUAGUUCAAGCUAAAUACCAUUUUACAUUUCAUAAAAUAAAGCAGUGUAAAUUAUA